UUCCUGUAUCUUUGCUUAAUAAAACUCCAUCGCUUUGCUCACUUUCCUUUGUCCAAGAGACUCAUUCUUCAAUGCCGUGAGACAAGAACCUCACACUCCUGCUUCAAGGCUGCGUGCAGAGACCACAGGUAGAUGCUUCUGGGCACAGCCAUGGCAUGAGUUUCAACCUACAGCCAGUAGCAACUGCCAGACAUGAAAAAGUAUUACAUCAACAUGGAGGCAGUUGAGUCCCUAGAGGAAGGUCACUCGUCCUGUUUCAAGGACUUCUCGAUGGGCUGUGGAGGACGCCCUCACCUACCUGGACCAGGUGAAGAUCCGCUUCGGCAGCGACCCCGCCACCUACAACGGCUUCCUGGAGAUUAUGAAGGAGUUCAAAAGCCAGAGCAUCGAUACGCCUGGAGUCAUCCGACGCGUGUCACAGCUCUUCCAUGAACACCCUGACCUCAUUGUUGGAUUCAACGCUUUCCUUCCCCUCGGGUACAGAAUAGACAUUCCCAAGAAUGGCAAGUUAAACAUACAGUCGCCUCUAUCCAGCCAGGACUCUUCGCACAACCACAGUGACUGUGCAGAGAACUUCAAGCAGCAGAUGCUCUAUAAGGAGGACAAGCCCCAGGUGCCCUUGGAGUCGGACUCCGUGGAGUUCAACAAUGCUAUUAGCUACGUGAACAAGAUUAAGACUCGUUUUCUAGACCACCCAGAGAUCUACAGGUCAUUCCUGGAGAUCCUGCACACUUACCAGAAGGAGCAGCUGAGCACAAAGGGCCGGCCAUUCCGUGGCAUGUCUGAAGAGGAGGUGUUUACUGAGGUGGCCAACCUCUUCCGGGGCCAGGAGGACCUGCUGUCCGAGUUUGGACAGUUCCUACCAGAAGCCAAGCGGUCCCUGUUCACAGGAAAUGGGCCAUGUGAAAUGAACAGUGUCCAAAAGAGUGAGCAUGAGAAGAAUCUGGAACACAGCAAAAAGCGCUCUCGGCCCUCGCUCCUCCGUCCAGUGUCUGCACCAGCCAAGAAGAAAAUGAAACUCCGAGGUACCAAAGAUCUGUCCAUCGCUGCCGUGGGGAAGUACGGCACUCUGCAGGAGUUUUCGUUCUUUGACAAGGUUCGCAGGGUUUUGAAGAGCCAGGAGGUCUACGAGAACUUCCUCCGCUGCAUCGCGCUCUUCAACCAGGAGCUGGUGUCCGGCUCCGAGCUCCUGCAGCUCGUCAGCCCGUUCCUCGGGAAAUUUCCAGAACUCUUUGCGCAGUUCAAGUCCUUCCUGGGGGUGAAAGAGCUGUCAUUCGCCCCACCCAUGAGCGACAGAUCCGGGGAUGGAAUAAGCCGGGAAAUUGACUACGCAUCUUGCAAGCGCAUUGGAUCCAGCUACCGAGCACUCCCCAAAACCUACCAGCAGCCCAAGUGCAGUGGGAGGACGGCCAUCUGCAAGGAGGUGCUGAAUGACACCUGGGUCUCAUUCCCCUCCUGGUCAGAGGACUCCACUUUCGUCAGCUCCAAGAAAACUCCCUACGAAGAGCAACUGCACCGCUGUGAGGAUGAGCGUUUCGAGUUAGAUGUCGUCCUGGAGACCAACCUGGCCACAAUCCGUGUGUUGGAAAGUGUGCAGAAGAAGCUCUCACGGAUGGCACCUGAAGACCAGGAGAAGUUCCGGCUGGAUGACUGUCUGGGGGGCACAUCGGAGGUGAUCCAGCGCCGCGCCAUCCACCGUAUUUACGGUGACAAGGCUCCAGAGAUCAUCGAGAGCCUCAAGAAAAACCCCGUCACUGCUGUCCCUGUCGUCCUGAAAAGGCUGAAGGCCAAGGAGGAGGAGUGGCGGGAGGCCCAGCAGGGCUUCAACAAGAUCUGGCGGGAACAGUACGAGAAGGCAUAUCUCAAGUCCCUGGACCAUCAGGCCGUAAACUUCAAACAGAACGACACCAAGGCCCUUCGCUCCAAGAGCUUACUCAACGAGAUCGAGAGCGUCUAUGAUGAACACCAGGAGCAACACUCGGAAGGCCGCAGCGCCCCCUCCAGCGAGCCACACCUCAUCUUUGUGUAUGAGGACAGGCAGAUCCUGGAGGACGCGGCCGCCCUCAUCAGCUACUACGUGAAGCGGCAGCCAGCCAUCCAGAAGGAGGACCAGGGCACCAUCCACCAGCUGGUACACCAGUUCGUGCCCAGCCUCUUCUUCUCCCAGCAGCUGGACCUGGGGGCGUCUGAGGACUCCGCUGAUGAGAGCCGGGGGAGCCCCCAAGGGCAGAGUGCAGACCCCGGUGACCGGAAGAAGCCGGCGCCCGGGCCACAGAGCAGCCCCCCAGAGGAGAAGGGGCCCGUGGGCGAGGCGCCGGCCACCGAGCAGCCGCCACAGCAGCACAAGCCCCUGGAUGACGUGUACAGCCUCUUCUUCGCCAACAACAACUGGUACUUCUUCUUGCGCCUCCACCAGACCCUGUGCUCCAGGUUGCUGAAGAUCUACCGCCAGGCACAGAAGCAGCUCCUGGAGUACCGGACCGAGAAGGAGAGGGAGAAACUGCUCUGUGAGGGCCGCCGGGAGAAGGCCAACGACCCUGCCAUGGAGCUGCGGCUGAAGCAGCCGAGCGAGGUGGAGCUGGAGGAGUACUAUCCGGCCUUCCUGGACAUGGUGCGGAGCCUGCUGGAGGGCAGCAUCGACCCCACGCAGUACGAGGACACUCUGCGUGAGAUGUUUACCAUCCAUGCCUACGUGGGCUUCACCAUGGACAAGCUGGUGCAGAGCAUUGCGCGGCAGCUGCACCACCUCGUGAGUGACGACGUCUGUCUGAAGGUGGUGGAGCUCUACCUGAACGAGAAGAAGCGAGGUGCUGCAGGGGGGAACCUGUCCUCCCGCUGCGUCCGCGCUGCCAGGGAGACCAGCUACCAGUGGAAGGCUGAGCGGUGCAUGGCUGAUGAGAACUGCUUCAAGGUGAUGUUCCUCCAGCGCAAAGGGCAAGUGAUCAUGACCAUCGAGCUUCUAGACACCGAAGAGGCGCAGACAGAGGACCCUGUGGAGGUCCAGCACCUGGCUCGGUAUGUGGAGCAGUAUGUGGGGACCGAGGGGGCAUCCAGCUCGCCCACCGAGGGCUUUCUCCUGAAGCCCGUGUUCCUGCAAAGGAACCUCAAGAAGUUCCGCAGGUGGCAGUGUGAGCAGGUGCGUGCCCUGCGCGGCGAGGCCAAGAGCUCCUGGAAGCGGCUGGUCGGGGUCGAGAGCGCCUGCAACGUGGACUGUCGCUUCAAGCUCAGCACCCACAAGAUGAUGUUCAUCGUCAACUCCGAGGACUACAUGUACCGCCGUGGGACCCUCUGCCGGGCCAAGCAGGUACAACCACUGGUCCUGCUGCGCCACCACCAGCACUUUGAGGAGUGGCAUGGCCGCUGGCUGGAGGACAACGUGACAGUGGAGGCGGCUGGCCUGGUGCAGGACUGGCUGAUGGGCGAGGAGGACGAGGACAUGGUGCCCUGCAAGACCCUCUGUGAGACGGCACACGUGCACGGCCUGCCUGUGACCCGCUACCGAGUGCAGUACAGCCGCCGCCCAGCCUCGCCCUGACUCCCUCGGUGGGCGCCAUGACGCGCGGUUUGGUGCAGCCACUUCCCUGGCCCAGAUGUGCAUCGGGGCCUUCUCAUGAACAACCUGAGGGGAGCACAGUGUCCCCCAGCCUUGCUGCUACAGGCUGCGAGCUCUAGAGGAUAGGGUUGUGUCGGCUUGUGGCCCUGUGCUACCAUCCCUUUCGGCUUCCCUGCUUCCUUUGGGUUUAUCCCGUGCCAAACCUGACCCCUUCCUGCACUUGAACUCGGGGCUCGCUCCUUGCUGGAAGGGGGAGGAUCAACACGCUGGCCGAGGAGCAAGUGAUGGCCUUUAUGCACCUGCUGGGCCGCUUUCAUCACACGUGCCAAAUCCCUAGGUGAGGGCACCACUGGUCCUUUUGUGCAGUGUCUGGAAAAGUCCGUGAUGAACUGCGCGUUGGGGGGCAUGUGUGGGGGAGGGGGUCGGCAUUCAAGAGACCCCAACAUCGAAGGAGUCGGGCCUGGGGGAUCUGCUUGAAAAGCUUGUCCUUCCUGAAUGGUUCUAAAAGCUUCUGGAAAUUUCCCAAGCUGGGACCAUGCCUGCAUCUGAUAGUUUGGGCAUGGGUGUGGCCCUGCUAAUGCGUGGGGUCCUUGGUCACUUUGAAAGCAGGAGGAGCCCUUUGGGCCAAACUGUUGAGAUUCUGCUUUGGUGUCAGGAUGUGGCAUGGGAGGCCCCACCCUGGAAGAAAUGGGACUCCAAACCCUGUGUUGACAUGGCAGCCACACUCCGAGCUCCCGAGGGGAGGGGGCUCAGCCUGAAACUCCCUUGGAGCUCGAGUGGCCCCACACUGGUGGGGGGGCCAGAGGUGCGGCCAUGUACCUAAGAAGGACAUUCUAGAAAUAUAUAUAUGCACACAAGUAUUUAUUCAUAAGCUCUCCUAGUGGUUGUAACUUCUGCAGCAGCCAAGUCCCACGGUUCCUUGGGCAGUUGAGAGCCCUCUUCGUGGGACUCUGCAGGUCUGCCCUUGACGUUGCCAUUCCUAGAGCCACCACCUGGACAGGGGACAGGCAUGAGGGGCUGAGGCGACUGCCCUACAGAGGCUUUCUGUGCCAAGAAUGCCAAGCAGUCUGGGCUGGGGACCAGCUCUCUAGAAUUCCUGCACCAUGAAAAGUCCUGGCCGGGCUCCUGGCACCAUCAGAAGGGGGUCAACCAACAGGGGCUCCAGAACCAUCCCCGUGCGGCCUCCUUUCUGCCCAGCAGCAGCCCUCACCCUCCCAAAACUGAGCUGUGCCAAAUAUGCAGUUCUGGGGAUUGGAGAUGUGUUUCUAGAAGUUACCUGUGGAACUCAAGGUUUGCAAAGCCUUUGACUCGGGGUCUGGGCGAUUCCAGGGCCAGUGUGCCCUGCCCAGGGUCUUCUAGCCCAUGUUUGCUCAAGUGUACCAGGCACUUUGUCCACAUCCUUGUUUUAUAAGAAGGGAACUUACCGGAAUUCCUGAACCAGACCCUCCCAGCGCCAUCCUCCGGAGCCCGUGGCCCCUUCCGUGCCUCUCUGCGGCCCUGGGGUGCGGGCCACACCCCACUGAGCCCCGCCCUGCAUGCUUCUAGGGAGCGUCUCUUCUGUUUUUGAAGAAUUUCUGUUCUGGGGCUUGUACUUCCUUUGCAGCUGUUUUGAAUGUAGUUUUUCCUUUUCUAUUUAUUUGCACAUUAAAGUUAAAAACUAAAUAUUGACCUAA